AAUAACUCCGCUCUACCGACACGACGAAACCGGCCGCUAGCUACCGAUCACACCAAAUAACAAGCAAGCUGGUGAAUAAUAUUAGCAUGCCUGUUGAUCAUUAGUUGGUGGUAUAUUAGCUUAACUGCUAAUUACCUUUAGCAGCCCAUUUUGCCGGCGAAGAUUCGAGACUCGUCUGUUUCAGCGAUGCAGCUCGUCGUCAUUUCAAAACCUGCGGGGAACUUUCUGAUGAUUAGAAUUUUAGCCAAGUAUGAAAAUCAGAUCAAUGUGUUCACUGAACUACUAGAAGAUUUGCCUGACACAGAUGAGCCUGUAUGGAUACUAGGCGAGCGGUACAGUAUCAAAACAGAAAAACCAGAACUGCUGUCAGACAUCCGUUCACGGCUAUGGUUUACUUACAGAAGAAAAUUCUCCCCUAUCGGUGGAACAGGCCCCUCGUCAGAUGCUGGGUGGGGAUGCAUGCUUCGCUGUGGGCAGAUGCUUCUGGCCCAGGCCUUGGUCUGCUGGCACCUGGGCAGAGAUUGGCGCUGGGAGAAGGACUGCAGCCCCCCUCGGGAGUACCAGCAAAUCCUGCACUGCUUCCUGGAUAAAAAAGAUAGCUGCUACUCCAUUCACCAGAUGGCUCAGAUGGGAGUGGGGGAGGGCAAGAUGAUUGGAGAAUGGUACGGCCCCAACACUGUUGCACAAGUGCUCAAGAAGCUGGCACUGUUUGAUGACUGGAACUCAUUAGCUGUGUAUGUGUCAAUGGACAACACAGUGGUGAUCGAGGAUAUCAAAAAGCUGUGCCGGCAGACAGGCCGGAGCACACUCAGGCCUGGUGCAGGUGGUUGGGGACAGCCGCCGGAGAGGGGAAACUUGUUGGAGCAGGGCUGUUCCCAGUCGCAGGGUAUUGCUGUGGAGUCCUGCCUGCACACAUGCCCUGAAUGGCGACCCCUGUUGCUGAUCAUACCUCUGCGAAUGGGAAUCAACCAUAUAAACCCUGUGUACAUCCAGGCCCUCAAGGAGUGCUUCCGUAUGCCGCAGUCUCUGGGGGUGUUGGGAGGCAAGCCGAACCUUGCCUACUACUUCAUUGGAUUCACAGGAGAUGAGUUGAUAUACCUGGACCCUCACACUACGCAGGCAGCUGUGGAUCCCGAGGCUGGUGGACCUGUGGAUGACCAGAGCUACCACUGCCAGAGGAGCCCGCACCGCAUGAAGGCCAUGAACCUGGACCCCUCGGUGGCACUGGGAUUUUUCUGUAAAACUGAAGUGGACUUUGACAGCUGGUGUGAUUUGGUUCAGCAGGAGAUCUUGAAGAAAAGUCAUCGACGAAUGUUUGAGCUGGUGGAGAAGCACCCCCCCCACUGGCCACCCUUUAUCCCUCCCACCAAACCUGAAGUCCAGACCACAGGAGCAGAGUUCAUCGAUUCCAUUGACAAGCUGUUUGAAUCAGAGGAGGAGUUUGAGAUUCUUAAUGUCUGAAGAGCUAGUGUGCCUGACCCGGCAAAGGAUUUGGCCCCUCCCCUCCAGGCGUGGUUUGGAGCUGUUUAUUGAGCUGUAGAAGUGCCUCAGAUUACACAGAAACCAAGCACAAAACUGAUUACCAGAUUGCAAAAAAGUAAAUCGGCAAAAGCAUGGACUCAACAAGGAGAAUCAGCCGGGGGGGAGGGCGAGCAGGCUCAAGCUAAGUCCCUUCACUGUGGUACACAGACAAAGCCAAGGACUACAGUAGCACCUAUUCAAAAGAGGGCCUUUUUAAAGGCCUUCAGACUUUUCAGUGUAUGACCUGUUGUGGAGAGACUGUUCUGUACAUUACCUGCUUUGACCAGGGGAGGGUCUGGAUGAAGACAGGAGUGGAGAUCAUAUCUUUGGAGAAGCCAUCACCUCAAAACAUACACUACCUCCUGUUGCCAGGAGACCAAUAUGCAGAUGUUUCAGUGUUAAAAAAGAACUUGUAUUUUGAAGUGCCUAAUUUUAAAAUAAAUAUUUAUAUGUUCCUGAAUUUGGUAGAUUAGGGGGUUCUUCUAGUUAAGGGAAGGGUGACACCAUAUCUACCCUAACCCUUCUGUAAAUAUGCUAGUCAAUAAAAAUAUUUAGAAACCAGAUUGACUUGUGGGCAAAUGUCACUUAAUGGCCAUGACAGUGACAUUUGUGUUUAACCUUUGCUGUAUAUUAUUCUGGAAUGAGCCCAAGGUGUUUUGGAUUUGUGAACAUUAACACCUUCUUGUGGGCAAAUAUACCAUCCCUUCCACUCAUAGGAUAUCAAAGCAGACAUUUUCCUACAUUUAAAUAUCUAAGUAAUAUUUAAGUACAUAUUGAAAUUUGGAACCAUCCCUGAUGCAGUUUUUCACCAGUUGGGGGUGCUGUACUUGCAUCAUGUAAUGCAGUAAUGCAUGUAUGUCAUUACUAAUAAAGGUUCUUGUGGCAAAAUUAUUUGGAAAUCUAAUCAAGCACAUAAAGGAAACAUUUCUCAUA